AUGUCUCAUCUUUCGUCCGUUCCUUUCCCUUCCCCCCGUCCCCCUCUCUUUCAAACUCGAUUCUUUCGUGCGGCGUUUCUCGGUCGUUGUUGGGGUUUUCUCCCAUCUGCGUCUCUGCAGUCGGUGCAGUGUUUCGGUCGCAAGAAGACAGCAGUGGCAGUGGCUCACUGCAAGAGGGGCAGGGGUCUUAUCCGCCUCAACGGGUCGCCGCUGGAGCUGGUGGAGCCAGAUACUCUCCGCGCCAAGGCGUUCGAGCCCUUGACGGUGCUGGGCAAGGACAAGUUCGCCAAUGUCGACAUCCGCAUCCGCGUGCAGGGAGGAGGACACGUGUCACAGAUCUACGCCAUCCGUCAGGCCAUUGCUAAGGCCCUCGUUGCCUACUACCAGAAGUAUGUGGACGAGCAGUCCAAGCGGGAGCUGAAGAACCUGUUGUUGCGCUAUGACCGCACGCUCCUCGUUGCUGACCCCCGCCGCUGCGAGCCCAAGAAGUUCGGUGGUCGUGGUGCCCGCGCCCGCUACCAGAAGUCUUACCGUUAA